UUAUCACAGCACAUGUGGAUUUCAAAAUGUGAUUUAGGAGCUCACAUACGUAAAAACAAGCCUUUUCGUGAUAUUUGUCUCUGUUCUAUCUACCUGCAGGCUCGUGAUCACUUUUGUCUGCCUUCCUAUACACGACGACGCAUGUAUUUUCACUUACAUGUUUAACUUUCCCAACCCUUUCUCUGCAUAUGAGGUUUUCGCCGGUGUUUCAGAGCUCGAUCUAGGCGUCGUUCACCCAGUUUUUUGAAAAAUUUAGAACUAUAAAUUCGGGGAUUAAGACAAAAGUUAUAUUUUUCAUUUAACAGUAUUAAAAUUUGUCCGGUUAAUCCCCGUCUAACCAACUGAUUCUAAAAGGCGGAUUCAGAUCACGGUCAGAAUCCGCCUCAGGUUUUUAACAACGCUUCCACUAGUGUUGGGGGGGAGUAAAAAAAUGUCGAUAGUCUAUAUGCUCUUCUCUUGAGAUUUUGUCUCUCAGUAGACCUUCGACCUUUCCCAUCCCUAUAUAUAUACCUCUUCUCAUUCUCCCCUCUUUCUCUCUCAGUUACAUAUUUCAGCUGGAAAAUAUUGUAACAUGACUUCUUGUACAGCAGCUACUAUUGCUGCUGCAUAUUCUUCCAAAAUUGAUCCCAUCACAUUGCCAUCAAAAACAAAUAUUUCUUUUCGAAAAAAGGCCUCUAGAAGUGCUCAGAUCCCCUCCUACCUUCAAGAUUCUUGUAAUAAUCAUCAACAGCUCAUCAAAACAUCCCAUUCUCCGCGAUGGAACUUACUGCAAAGAGCCGCAGCUAUAGCUUCAGAUUUUAUGGAGGGUAUUAUAGUUCUUAAAGAAACCAAGCACCAACUUUCCAGAACUUGUGAUCCGCGUGUCCAAAUAGCUGGAAACUUUGCCCCUGUACCAGAACAACCAGUUAAACAUAACUUGUCCUUCUCUGGCACAAUCCCUGAUUGCAUUCACGGUGUCUACGUCCGUAAUGGAGCUAACCCUCUGUUUGAGCCUGUAGCAGGUCACCAUCUUUUUGAUGGUGAUGGAAUGCUUCACGCGGUGACUUUUAAUGGUAAUUCCAUUAGCUACGCGUGCAAACUCACACAAACACAGAGACUUGUUCAAGAAAAAGAAUUAGGCCGUGCAGUGUUUCCUAAAGCAAUAGGCGAGCUGCAUGGUCACACUGGGAUAGCCCGGUUAGUGCUCUUCUACAUGAGAGGGCUGUUCGGCCUUAUUGAUCAUAGCCAUGGGAUAGGCGUGGCUAAUGCUGGCCUUGUGUAUUUUAAUGGCCGGCUUUUAGCCAUGUCAGAGGAUGACCUUCCUUAUCAAGUUCGAGUCCAGCCUUCUGGUGAUUUACAGACUGUUAGACGGUUUGAUUUUGAUGAACAGCUCCAGUCAACAAUGAUCGCUCAUCCUAAGCGUGAUCCAGUGACUGGAGAGCUGUUCGCCUUAAGUUAUGAUGUUGUCAAGAAGCCUUAUCUGAAGUAUUUUAAAUUUUCUACAGACGGAGAGAAAUCUCCUGACGUAGAAAUCCCACUGGAUUCGCCCACUAUGAUGCAUGAUUUUGCAAUUACUAAAAAUUUCGUGGUGAUUCCUGACCAGCAAAUGGUGUUUAAGUUUCGAGAAAUGAUCAAGGGGGGAUCUCCAGUAAUAUAUGACAAGAACAAGAAGUGUAGGUUUGGAAUUCUAUCCAAAGAAGCUAAAGAUUCUUCUGAAAUAAAUUGGAUCGAAUUGCCACAGAUUUUCUGCUACCAUAUAUGGAAUGCAUGGGAGGAACCCGAAUCUGAUGAAAUCGUAGUAAUCGGAUCAUGCAUGACUCCACCUGAUUCAAUUUUCAACGAAUGCCAAGAAAAUUUAAAGAGCAUUUUAUCAGAAAUCAGGCUCAACCUAAAGACAGGAAAAUCCACUUGUAGGCCAAUAAUUUCAUCGCACGAACAAGUGAACUUAGAGGCAGGAAUGGUGAACCGGAACUUAUUGGGACGGAAAACGAGGUACGCGUAUCUGGCUAUAGCUGAACCAUGGCCUAAAGUGUCAGGAAUAGCAAAAGUGGACUUGGUAACAGGAGAUAUACAGAAGUUUAACUACGGUGACAUGAGGUAUGGUGGGGAGCCAUUUUUUUUACCAAGGGAGUUGAAUUCGGAGAAAGAAGAUGAUGGAUAUAUUAUGGCAUAUGUUCAUGAUGAGAAGACAUGGAAAUCUGAACUUCAGAUCAUCAACGCGAUGAAUAUGAAUUUAGAAGCAUCAGUUAAGCUUCCUUCAAGGGUACCUUAUGGUUUUCAUGGGACAUACAUAAGCUCUGAGGAAUUAGCUCAACAAGUAUAGAGAGUAAUCUGUGUGCAGUGUAAAACUACAGUAAAAUUUUGUUAGGUAAUUACUACUGUGAACUGUCAUUGUAUGUUUAUUUUGAGUUCCUUUUUCUUUUCACAAAUUAUAUGAGAGGAGUUCAAGGGAUCAAAGCUUGUAGCUUUGCAAAUAUAGCUAGUAGCACUGCAGCUCAGCUGGUUCCUUUAAAUGGGAAA